GUCGCGGUUUACACGUCAUCACCAUGGGACGGUUUACAAUGAGCAUGGCGAUGGAGACAUACUGCUUCAACUGUAGACAAGUUGAAUCAGGUUUCUUGUAACUUCGGAAGGAUGAGCAUGGACGUGACUUUCCUCGGGACCGGCUCGGCCUACCCGUCACCUCACCGCGGGGCUUCGGCUCUGGUGCUGCGGACAGAAGGGGAGUGUUGGCUGUUCGACUGCGGGGAGGGAACCCAGACACAGCUGAUGAAGAGCCAGCUCAGAGCCGGUCGAAUCACCAAGGUUUUCAUCUCCCACCUGCAUGGAGAUCACCUGUUUGGUUUACCUGGUCUCCUCUGCACUGUGAGCCUCAACACCAACCCCGACUCCCAGCAGAGCCCUAACUGUGUGGACAUCUACGGGCCUCGGGGCCUCCGGCAUUUUCUAAGGGUGACACUUGGCCUCACGGCCUCGCAGCUGCUCUUCCCUUACGCAGUGCACGAGCUGGAACCCACAACUGACCAGAGUCCUGAGGAGGGGCAGCUCAGCCCGGAGGCGACAGCAGAGUGCGGCCCUCUGCACCCACAGGAGCAGCCAGGCCGGACGAUCUCCCUGGAUGGCUCCGGUGACUCUUACCUCCUUUUUGAAGACAAGAAGUUCGUGGUCAAGGCUUUCAGGUUGUUUCACCGCAUCCCCUCGUUUGGUUUCUGCAUUCAGGAGCACAAUCGACCCGGAAGACUGAAGACUGAACUCCUGAAGGAACUAGGCCUGAAACCAGGGCCGCUUUACGGCCGUCUGAAAGCUGGAGAGCCAGUAACUCUGGAGGGAGGGCGUGUCGUUCUGCCCAGUGAGGUGUUAGAAGAAACCAUUCCUGGGAGAAAAGUCUGCAUUUUAGGGGACUGCAGCUCAGUUCUCGGGGACGUGCAGCUGAAAUUGUGCAAUGGAGCGGACGUUCUGGUUCACGAGGCCACCCUCGGGAACGAGCACCGAGAGAAAGCGGUGGACCACGGACACAGCACGCCUGAAAUGGCGGCGGCAGUGGCUCGGGCUUGCUGCGCGCGGAGGCUGGUGCUGUACCACUUCAGUCAGAGGUACAAACCCUGCUCCCUGCAGAAAGAAGGGGACGAAGACGACGUCUUGGAGCUUAAGAGACAGGCUGAAGAUGCACUGCGGGACAGUGGUGUUGAAGUGACUCUAGCUGAGGACUUUCUUACACUGAACAUUCCUCUCAAGAGAUGAAGUUAAUAAAGUGAUUAAAAACAGUUAGUGUUACAUACAGUUACAUAAAAAAUGAUAAAUGUCAG